CUCUCACACACAUACACACACACACUCUGGCCGGGCCCAUGGCUUUCAUCAUGAAGAAGAAGAAGUUCAAGUUCCAGACCUUCUUCAGCCUGGAGGAGCUGGCCGCCGUGCCCUUUGUCAACGGGGUGCUGUUCUGCAAAAUCCGCCUCCUGGACGGUGGGGAUUUCACCCAGCUCUCAACCAGGGAGGAAGUUCAAGAGAAUUGUGUUCGUUGGAAAAAGAAAUUCAGUUUCAUUUGCAAGAUGAGUGCAAAUCCAGCAACUGGUGUUCUGGAUCCUUGCAUCUGCAGAGUAUCUGUACGUAAGGAACUGAAAGGUGGAAAGACGUUUUCUAAGCUUGGAUUUGCUGACCUCAAUCUAGCGGAGUUUGCUGGUUCAGGCUCCACUGCACGCUGCUGUUUGUUGGAGGGCUAUGACACAAAGAAUACACGACAGGACAACUCUAUCCUUAAGGUCACCAUAGGCAUGCAACUGUUGUCAGGAGAUCCUUGUUUCAAAACGCCUGCGUGUACUGCCAAGUCUAUUUCAAUACCAGGCCAAGACAGCUCCUUACAGCUGGACUGUAAGGGAGAUGGGACCACGGACAAUACUGUUGCCUCUGGGGGCUUGCAUUCAGUGAGGCAGCCAAAGCCUCGGCCUCCACUCUCUUCAGGCCUGACUGAAGAUGCCGAUCAGACUCCUUCCAGUCCAGAUGAAGUGUUUCAAACUGGUCAUUCUCGGAAUUCCAGCUAUGCCAGUCAGCAUUCUAAAGUGUCAGGUUACAGCACUGAGCACUCUCGGUCCUCUAGCCUUUCGGACCUAACUCACCGGCGUAACACAUCCAGCAGCAGCAGUGCCUCUGGAGGGCUCAGUAUAACUGUUGAAAGCACAGAGGGGGAGAAGGAACACAAAGCGGAGAGACCACCCCGGCCCCCGAGGCCAGCACUCCCACCAGAAAGGCCACCCAGACGGAAAAAGGAAACAGUCGAGAGUCAACCUACUUGGGUUGAUGACACCAGAAUCGAUGCAGAUGACAUUGUGGAAAAAAUCGUGCAGAGUCAAGAUUUCACAGAUGUCAGUAAUGCUGAAGACAGUAAUUUGAGGCUGUUUGUAAGCAGAGAUGGAACAACAGCACUCGGUGGCAUUCAGCUGGGGAACAGGGUGUCUGCGGGUGUGUUUGAGCCUGUUGUUAUUGAGAGCCGCUGAGAAACUUGAGCCACUCUGCACCUACUUAACCACUUUCCAUUUUGAGCUCCUUGCCUACUGCACUUCUAGUCUUAUCCAUCAGGUCAUGCCACCCACCAACUCAGCUGGACUGGAAGAAGAGGGUGGCCAUUUGUAUCCAAAAACCUUCUCCACCCAAGAAUUGGCCGAUUGUUGAUUCUGACUUCAUUGGAGUAAAUAGGGAAUUGGGUGGGACUUGGCUCCCAUUUCAAAGAAAAGACCUCCAUUUGUUUCUGUUUUGGAACCUACUGAACCAGUACGGAGAUCAGGAUUUAAGCUGAGAAGUAAUCGUUUUUGUGACAUUGAAAUGUCAUUCCAGAAAUCCUCUUGAAACAACAAUUAAAUGCCAAAACAGUCUUGGCUGAGAGGCGUUUUAAAGGGGAUAGUUUUUCCUUGAAAUAUUGUCAUCCUAGUGUUAUUCCAAGGUGAACCAGAGUACUUGCUUCCCCUCCUCAGCCAUUUUGUAGACCAGCGCUAAAUUCUGCACAUUGCCCUGUCAAUGUUGUUGCAUAAAGAAACUUGUUUUUUAAA